AUGCUUGCUGCCUUCUUGGACACUCACAGGCACUUGAUGGAGCAGGGCAUCUCGGCGUACACCUCCUUGGCGGAGCUUCCUCAGGCGUGCGACAAUGGCUGGAUCCCCUCGCCUGAAUUAUUUGGGACGUCGGGCAGUGCGCUUUUCAUCCCCGCCCAGCGGGAGCUCACGGCUCAGUUCCUCUCGGAGUUUCCCCGGUUCCGCAGUAUUCGGGCUCACCUUUCAGAGCGCCAGAGAUCUUUGUUGGCACACCACUCCAGCUUCUCUACUCCCCUUCGAGUACCAGGCCACCCGGUUGAUGAACUUCUGUCUCAGUUUACCCCUCAGCGCACGAUUUGGCACUCGACUAUGGAAAGUACAAACCUUGGGAUCUUUGAGCAGCAGCCCAUCAGCUUGGUGGCUGCCGCUGACAAGUUUCUUCAUGGAUUGCCGGUUGACCUCCCGCCGCACUGCGAUCGAUGCCAUCAUCUUCUUCGUCAUCCUGGGGGGACCACACACAUGGCAACCUGCAGGCACCGCAGCCAGUUAUGGACUGAUGCGCAUGAGAAGUGCAAUGCCGUCCUCAGUACCCUCAUCAAAGAUUCCGGAGUGAGAUGCCGCGUCCACGUGCAAGGCGUACCCGGCACCAGGCAGAACGUUUCCCAACAUGGCCCUGAAGAUCAUCAUGUAGGGGACUUUGAACUUCCACAACUGAUGGCUACUGGCGGCGGAUGGCAUGGGUUAAUCCUGGACUUCAGCAUGUCACAUGUUUUUGACAAUGAUGGAAUACCGGACCUUGCUCGGAGCAAACUGCAAGCGGCAGCACAGCGGAAGAUCCGAGGGCAUCGUAAUGCAUAUGCUCAGCACGUCCCGCCAAAGGCCUUUCUUCCCAUCAUCGCCAGCACUGAUGGCCUCUUGCAGGACGAUGCGUUGCGCUUUCUGUGGUGGCUGGCGGAUCGCUCGGCGAACAAGGAAACGGCAGCGCUGGAUGGUCUCUCGGCCUCGCAAGACGUCUCAGGUGAUCCGACUUGCAAACGCAUUCGGUCCAGGAUCUUCCGUCAGCUCAAGGCCUCCCUGUCCUACGCUGCCAUCAUCGCGGGUGCAUCCCGUCUCGUUGGACCCGAAUCGCAGCAGCAGCGCGCUGCUUGCUUCUGCACUCUUCUGGACUCGGAAGCGAGAAAGAAGAUCAAGGAGCAGCUGUACAGAGCCUUUGCUGAAGUGCAGAGGAUCAAACGACCGAUGAGGAACAAAGAUCUCUCCUUCAACAACUCUCUCAAGUCUCUCUUGAGGCUCAAGGGUCUUGCUAGCAAAGCGUUCCAAUCUUGCGGUGAUUCAGGAUGGAUUCCAAUGGUAUCCCAGCAAGCCUCGUUUGAAAGCGGUCUCAGGCUUGAUGGGAUCAAGCAAGAGCAUAACAUCUCUGAAAAAUUCAAAAUUCAGAUGUGUUAUGACAAGGGGCGGAUGAGUGGGAAGAUCCUUGUAGAGAAGAGGUUCGAUUGUAACGAGGCCAUGGAAUUCUCUGGUGACCCUCAAUAUGUGAAGAUGGUAAGGAAUCAAUCAGGACCUGACGAGUUUUCAUUCAACCUCCAAGGACCCGAGCUACAUAGUUUGGUGUACAACAUGAGGUACUUGGGGCAGUGCAGAUAUGAGUUACCUUUUAAAGUUACCACACCGGGCAAGUAUUUCGUCAACUUGGUCUGGUGGAGAGAGAAUUAUAACGGAGCUACGGAGCUCUCGAACGGCUGGCUUCCUGCUCACUUUGACCUGCCGCUGGGAUUGGACGUUUUCAUCCAUUUGGGUGAGCCAGGAGACGAUAUGAAAGAAACGAGGGAAGCUUUGCAGAGGAAUCGGAAUGCCUCCGAUCUGCCCCUUUGUGACAUGCGAGACAAAAAUUAUACCUACAUGGACGGCCGAUGGCUGUAUAUGUAUGAUGACGUCGAAAAUAUCUUCUACUCUCCAGCACCGCAGCAGGUGAGACUGAUUAGUGGAGGUGCGAGUAUGUAUACAUGGGUCAAUCUGGAGAAGUAUUACUGGUACCCGUCUCGCUGCAAGCUCCGCCAUUUCGAGGGCAAGCAAGCACUGAAUUGCAUAGCAUCGAAGACUAUUAGAAUGCAAGGGGAUUCUCACCUCAGAACCAUCGCCAAUGCCCUAAGUGACUUGGCUUGCGGUGUGCGGUCAGGAGGCUUCGAUAGCGGCUGCGCCUCAGCUUGCAAACAGGCUGAUUUGAGUCGAAAUUGCUAUCGAAAGGAUGGGUUGGGUCAUGCUCCAGACUUCUUUGCGGACCAAGGUGCCGCGCUAAAUGUGAUCAACCUCGGCCAGCAUUUUUGCGAUGGAGAGCGCAAGAUGAAAUUUGCACAAUACAAACAGAGCAUUGACGCUGGUGUGGACAAGAUGUCGAAACUUUCACCAGAUGCUCGGAGGACGAUGAUUUGGCACGAAACCAAUGCAGUCAUGUUCAGAAAAGAUUCUUGGAUCGUGGGGUACGGCGAUCAAAGGACGAAUAUCCGCAUCGCGAUGUACAACAGGUACGCAACAGCGAAAAUGAAAGAACUUGGGAUCACCGUCCUGCCGACUUUUUCUGCAAGCCUUGCGCUUGCACAGAAUCCUGAUGAAGCUCAUUAUCCAUUGAAGUAUCUGCAGCAUAGCUCUGUGCAGUACCUGCUCAACUUUUUUUGCCAAUAA